GGGAGGCCGCGGUCCCGGGCUGCAAGGGGCGUGGGUCGGCCGCGAUCCAGCCCGGGCGGAGCCGGCAGCUGCAAGUUGCAGCCUCGAGGUCGAGACGCUCACAGCUCUGGGCUGGAGGCUCCGGAGAGCUCGGGGGUUCCCGAUGCUGCUGCUGCUGCUGCUGCUGCUGCUUUGGCCAGUGCGGGGCACCGGGGUGCUUCCAGGACCUACCCCUGGGCAGCCAGCCACCGCCCGCUGGGUCCUGGAUGGACAACCCUGGCACAGCGCCAGCCUGGAGGAGCCGGUCUGGAGGCCAGAUGUGGGACUGGUGGCCCUGGAGACUGAAGGCCAGGAGCUCCUGCUUGAGCUGGAGAAGAACCACAGGCUGCUGGCCCCAGGAUACACAGAAACCCACUAUCGCCCAGAUGGUCAGCCAGUGGUGCUGGCCCCCAACCACACGGAUCAUUGCCACUACCAAGGGCGAGUGAGGGGCUUCCCCGACUCCUGGGUAGUCCUCUGCACAUGCUCUGGGAUGAGGGGCCUGAUCACCCUCAGCAGCAAUGCCAGCUAUUACCUGCAUCCCUGGCCACCUCAGAGCUCCAAGGACUUCUCAACCCACAGGAUCUUCCGGAUGGAGCAGCUGCUCACCUGGAAAGGAACCUGUGGCCACAGGGAUCCCGGGGACAAAGCGGGCAUGGCCGGCCUUCCUGGUGCUCCCCAGAGAAGGGACAGGCGAGAAGCACGCAGGACCCCGAGGUACCUGGAACUGUACAUAGUGGCAGACCACACCUUGUUCGUGACCCAGCACCGGAACCUGAACCACACCAAACAGCGUCUCCUAGAAGUCGCCAACUACGUGGACCAGCUUCUCAGGACUCUGGACAUUCAGGUGGUGCUGACUGGCCUGGAAGUGUGGACCGAGCGGGACCGUAGCCGCGUCACGCAGGACGCUAACGCCACGCUCUGGGCCUUUCUGCAGUGGCGCCGGGGCCUGUGGGCGCAGCGGCCCCACGACUCCGCACAGCUGCUCACGGGCCGCGCCUUCCAGGGCUCCACAGUGGGCCUGGCGCCAGUCGAGGGCAUGUGCCGCGCAGAGAGCUCGGGAGGCGUGAGCAUGGACCACUCGGAGCUCCCCAUUGGCACCGCAGCCACCAUGGCCCAUGAGAUCGGCCACAGCCUCGGCCUCAGCCACGACCCCGACGGCUGCUGCGUGGAGGCCGCGGCCGAGCCCGGAGGCUGCGUCAUGGCCGCGGCCACCGGGCACCCGUUCCCACGCGUGUUCAGCGCCUGCAGCCGCCGCCAGCUGCGAGCCUUCUUCCGCAAGGGGGGCGGCGCGUGCCUCUCCAAUGCCCCGGACUCCGGGCUCCCAGUGCCACCAGCGCGCUGCGGGAACGGUUUCGUGGAGGCGGGCGAGGAGUGUGACUGCGGCUCUGGCCAGGAAUGUCGCGACCUCUGCUGCUUCGCUCACAACUGCUCGCUGCGCUCGGGGGCCCAAUGUGCCCACGGGGACUGCUGCGCCCACUGCCUGCUGAAGCCGGCUGGAGCACUGUGCCGCCAAGCCAUGGGCGACUGUGACCUCCCUGAGUUCUGCAUGGGUACCUCCCCGGACUGUCCCCCGGACAUUUACCUACUGGACGGCUCGCCCUGCGCCAGGAGCAGUGGCUACUGCUGGGAUGGCACAUGUCCCACGCUGCAGCAGCAGUGCCAGCAGCUCUGGGGGCCUGGCUCCCAUCCAGCCCCCGAGGCCUGUUUCCAGGUUGUGAACUCUGUGGGAGAUACCCAUGGGAACUGCGGCCAGGACAGCGAGGGCCACUUCCUGCCCUGUACUGAGAGGGAUGCUCUGUGUGGGAAGCUGCAGUGCCAGGGUGGAAAGCCCAGCCCACUCGCACCACACAUGGUGCCAGUGAACUCCACCGUUCACCUAGAUGGCCAUGAAGUGACCUGUCGGGGAGCCUUGGCACUCCCUGGUGCAAAGUUGGACCUGCUUGGCCUGGGCCUGGUAGAGUCAGGCACCCAGUGUGGACCUAGAAUGGUGUGCCAGAGCGGGCGCUGUGAGAACACUGCCUUCCAGGAGCUGCAGCGCUGCCUGACUGCCUGCCACAGACACGGGGUAUGCAAUAGCAACCAUAACUGCCACUGUGCUCCAGGCUGGGCUCCACCCUUCUGUGACAAGCCAGGCUUCGGUGGCAGCGUGGACAGUGGCCCUGUGCAGCCUGAAAGCCGUGACACCUUCCUGUUGGCCAUGCUCCUCAGCGCCCUGCUGCCUCUGCUCCCAGGGGCCGGCCUGGCCUGGUGUUACUACCGACUCCCAAGAGCCCAUCUGCAGCGAUGCAGCUGGGGCCGCAGGAGGGACCCUGCGUGCAGUGGGCCUAAGGAUGGCCCACACAGGGACCACCCCCUGGGCAGCAUUCACCCCAUGGAGUUGGGCCCCACAGCCACUGGACAGCCCUGGCCCCUAGCCCCCGGGACUCCUACUGACCAUAUUCACAGCACUCACCCUCCACCAUUGCUCCCAGGCCCUGAGAACCCUCCUGAGCCCAGCAGCCACCCCGAGAAGCCUGUGGCCCACAGCUCCGCCUGACCCGAAGCAGAUCAAGUCCAGAUGCCAAGAUCCUGCCUCUGGUGAGAGGUAGCUCCUGAAAUAACAGAUUUAAAGAUAGCUGGCCACUGACAGCCACUCCAGGAACUUGAACUCCAGGGGCAAAGCCAGUGAAUCACCGGACCUCCGGCACCUUCAGGAGCUUGGAAUUUUCUUCCUCACUGGAGCUCCGACCCACCCACUCCAGGACCCCAGAGCCUCAUUAGAAGCUGCCCAAUGGAGACCCCUCUCCUGAGGGGUAGGGGACACUGUUGGACACACCCUCCAGCUCAAUAAUCCAUCAGUCCCAGAGGCAAAGGUCACACAGCCCCUGACCUUCCUCACUAGUGGAGGCUGGGUACUGCUGGCCACCCGAAAAGGCCUCUGUCCCGUGAGGGUGGUGUGUCUCCUACAUGCAAUUUCCACAGACCCAGCUCUAUGGAGGGCAUGACUGCUGGCCAGAAGCUGGAACUCUGGGGCCCCUAUGGUUCCACUGAGUCCACACUCCCCUGGAGCCUGGCCCCUGCAAACAAACCCAAUUUUGGGGACCUUCCUUCCUGUUCCUUCCCACCCUAUCUUCUCCCCUAGAUGGUUCCUCAACCCCCACCCCCAAUCCCAGUGCUGCACCUGAGGUUCUGGAGGAACCUGGAGUCUGACAGCCUCUCCCCCAUUCUGUGUGUGGGAGGGGACAGAGGGAACCAUUUAAGAUACCAAAGUAGAAGUCAGAAGAAA